AUGUUCAAUGAUGUCGACUUUUCUUCUAUGACUUAUUCUGAGUUUGUGACCUUCCUCGAACAUUUCAUGCAUGAAGAGUGUAAAAAGUUAUACUACUGUGAACCAGGCAAUUCCCUGAUGGAAGGGCUUAAUCCCAUUUCAGAUGAUGUGGAAUAUGAUGCUUUUAUUUUUUAUGCUUAUGGAACAGAUGGUGUAAUUUCGGUUUAUGUGGAUCAUAUUGGGGUUGGUGUUGAUGGGUGGUUUGAUGAUGAUGAACGUGAGUCUUGUAUUGAUGGUGAAAAUGAAGAUAACAUAGAUGAACUUAGGAAUGUUGACUUUGAAUUUAAUGAGGAUACAGUGCAUAUGAAUAGGACAUCAAAUGUUCCUUUCUUGAGUAACUUAUGUGUUGAUGAGGGGGAGGAUAACAACAUUGGUAGUAGAAGUGAACCUCAACAACAUGAAGAGGUUGAAAUGACUCCAGUUGAGAUGGAUACUACUCAAAAUGAUAUGCAAGCUACUCCUAAUGAUGUUGAAUCCAGUAGUGCAGGGGAUUUUAGUCAUUAUAUGAAAGUUACUCCACCUAGAACUUAUGAAGGUGAGGAGGGUGUUGUGGGUGAGGAGGCUGAGGAGGGUGGUAAUGUUCAAGAUGAUGAGGUUAUUCCUAAUGUCCAAGUUGUUGAUAAUGCUCAAAUUCAGAAGGUUAUUCCUAUUAUCCAGGUUCAGCAGGGAAGGGUUAGACCAAUUUCAGAGAUUUCGAAGAGGAUAAGGAGAAGAAAGUCAGAGAGAAUCUUGAAGCUGAAAUUAGGCAAGAGAAUUGGUGGUGUUGAUGAUCCAUGA